ACUGUGGUUUCUUUGAGUAACAAUCAAGCGUUUUUUAUACGCCUCUUCGGAACAAUCGAAAGUGAAAAUUUUUAACAUUUAAUAAAGAGAGUGAAACAUUUUGUUUAUGGAAUACUGUUGAGAAAAUUCAGAAAAAGGAUCGCUAAAUUGUCCUAAAAACUACUAACUUUUUUUUUUUUUUAAUCACAACGGAAAUGAGUAUGAAUAAUGUCAAACUGGAGGAUGUCGUUCGACAGGCUUCUGACUGGAAUUUUGCUGGAGACACUGUUCUUUUACAAUGGAUGAAACAAAUAUCUCAGGAACUGCAAAAGAAAGCAAAUCAGAGCUGCGAAGCUCUUCGAAUGCUCGAUAAGAAUGUGAAAUCAACAAGCGUAGCCUUAGAGAAUAUGGCAAACAGCUUAAGCGCUCUGCAAUUCGGGGAUCAAUUCGUUGAGUCUCGAGUGCAGGAUGACGAUGACAGCUUGGUCAACCCUAGAAAAGGAUCUUUACUCUUACCUAAAGGUCAACCCAAUAACCUUUCGUCUACUUCGUCUAAAGAAAUUUGUGAUCAAUUUCUGAGUAAUAAUUUAAAAAUGUUACAUAGUUGCCACGAAAAGUAUUCCUUGGAUCUAGAAGAUUCAGAUAAUGAUACGGGCGAGAAUGGUAUCAACAAUACGUAUAUUUAUCAGCCAAUAAAUCCAUAUAGUGAGAAAGCGUUGCCCUAUAUUUUUGGUUCUAAACAAUGGCACGAUUUUUGGCACGUCGGACUCUGUGAAACACAAAAUAGCGAGUUCUCAGGAGAUGAAUUGUCGGAUGAAUUCUCUGAAGCUUCUGCAACGGAUGAAAAUGAAUCCUUUGAAAGCAAUACCCCGAAUAUUUCCCAGUGGACGUCCAGUUGCUCCUUACAAAACGAAACAUCACGAACAAAAUUUGAGGUUAAAAAUGCCUCAUCAAUGAGAGGAUUGCAAACCGUAUUUCCUAAUAAACUCUCAAACGAUGCCGUAGAAAAUAGAUUCGAAAGUAAAGAAACCAAUUCGUUAAAUAGCGAAUCAUUGAAGAACACGAACAGUGUACCAUCGAAUCCGCCGUUAUUUGAUGAUAUCAAAUUUGACACUCAAAUCGAAACCGUUUCUCAACAUUCCACCGUAAGUCAUGCUGAUAGCCAAACAAACAGUAACGAGAAACGCACCGCAAAACCAGACGUAGGAUUUGUAGAUCUUCUCACUGAACCAGAGAAUAUAAACGUGAAAAGUACGUCCGCAGCAGAUCAUCACUUUAAACGUAAUCCAGUUAACCUAUUUGAUGAUGAUGAUGAUGAUGACGAUUUCAAAUCCUAUAUGGAUGAAGUUGUAAAAAAAAGCGCAGUCUGCGAUAAAAAGGUAGAAAGAGAGAUUAUCCUUCCAAAACAAGACAUACAGGCAAAUGAGUCUAAGCAGCCGACAAACAGUUUAAAAACUCAAUUUUUGGGAAAAUCUCUAUUUGAUGAUGACUUUGACGAAGUCGACGAUUUUUACAAUAUGUUCGCAAGUAAAAAGGCGGAGGUAAAAGCUACUAAGCCGUUAAGCAAAUCAUUGUUGUUUGACGAUGGAGAACUGAGCUUACCGCUUGAAAAGAAGGAUACAAUGGUUAAUUUGUUUGCAAACGAUAAUAAUACAGUUUCUGAAGAAAUCCCUACAGAUAAGGAUGCAUUUGUAGAAGCAAACGCAUAUGUUUCCAAACAAGAACAUUCUCAAACUAAAAGUGCCAAUGAAGAUACUUCAAAGUCUAUCGAAAAGAUUCCCAGUGUUGUUCCGGAAAUUGCAUUUAAUAAUUCAGGUGAAGAUCGAAGCGAUGAUUUAUUCGCAAAAUCUGCAGCAAUGUUAGACAGAUCAUCAGAUGAAAAGUCGUCUCGUCCGCCAAAGGAAUUGCCGUCAGAAAUUAAAUCAAAGGAAAAAGUGAUUGGAAAGCCUGCUGAAAAGAUUGUUGUAAAUAAUCAAGAAAAUAAUGAUAAAGAAAAUUUAAAUGAAUUUAUAAAAGAAGAAGUUCAGAGCAAAACAUCAGCAUUGAAUAGCAAAACAACUGUGGUAGACCGUGGUAACACGGAUCAGAAAGAAGAUUCUUUAAUAAUAACAUCUAAAAUCAGCGAAAUUGUUGAGCCACCGGAACCAUCCCAACGAGAUAAGUCAACGUCGCAAGUAAACAAUUAUAAUUUCAAUGCGAGUCUUUUUCUACAGGAGCCUCCCGAUGAUAAUGAAUACAUUGAUUCUUUCCGUAAAUCACCGCCACCUACGACCUUCAAGCAUAACUCGUCUACUGAUUUGGUCGAUGAUUUUUACGAACCUGAACUACCAAAUCUGCCAGUUUCCCAUGAACAAGCUCAGAAAUCAAUUAACGCAGAACAGUAUAAUGCCUACAAUGCUUUACAAUUUUUCAAUGAAGUUCCACCAGAAGACGAAGGUGAUCAUUUUGUUAAUACUCCGCAAAAUUCGACGACUUUAUCCAGCAUAUUCUAUGAUGAUCUGAGUGAGACGAUGAAGGCGGUAAACAAAAAUCGAGAUCAAGAAGUUUCCCCUUUUAGCAGCAAUAACGAGAAGAAAUUUAAAAGAAUUGAUAUCGACUUUUGGGAAACAGAAGCAAAUACAUUAAAAGAGCCACAAGUUGAUCAACAAAAAUUAAAGCCUUCUAAACUAGAAAUACCAAACAUUCACAUUAAUGUGAAAGCCUUACUACCGGGUUCGAACUAUCGUAAAUCGUCAGAAUUAAAGGAAGAGAAAUAUUUAGCUCAAAAUGCUAACGAAGCCGAUAGCAGUAAUGCUUCUAAAAACAAUUUAGUUCAGAAGGAACCGUUGCGAGGUAUGAGCCAGCGUAAUUCAGAAGAACCAGAACAGGCUGUUGAAAAAUCGAAUAAUAAGAUACCCUACCAUGAUGCUAAACUCAGUUUGGAUACGAAAGAACAAUUACCGGAUAACCAAUAUUUACUAUCGAGUAUUAAUAAAACUCGUGUAAGAGCGCCCCUUUCCCGUAAGCCUUCAACGAGAAAAGGUCGCCAAGAAAGCUAUGAAAGGUCUUUAAUGGUUGAGCAAGAAGCAAAUGAAGACAUUCUAGGAAAUAGUGCAAGUGAUAGUAGAAUAGGACUAGCAUACAGCGAGACCACGUCUGAAAAAACUCCACCAUUCAGCAAAGGAAAACCUGUGAAAAUUGACGAAGGAAGAAAUAAUGAUUUCGAAAAUCUAUUCGCUUCACCUUCUAUCAAUAGACUUUCCUUACCGGACUCGAAAGGGGAAUUAAUACUAAAAAGUAAUCAAUCAUCUUCAGGUUUAUUUGCAAAUAUAUUCGGCGAGACGUUUCAACCGAAAAAAUUAACAUCUGCUGAUGUUGUGGCCUCUGUAAAAGAAACUAUUUCAGCGAACAAUAAUGGAAAAGAUUUAUUAAGCGCAAGCGUUAUUGUUGAGCGACCAGUGGCUGCAAAGCGUGAAUCCCAACUAAUUCAUCAGCAGCUAAAUCAAUCCAAACCAAUUGUUACCAAAUCCACUAAUUUAUUUGAUGAUUCUGAAAGCGAUGACGACUUCUUUGCUAAUAACAAAAAAUCCUUCCUAUCAACGAAGAGUGACAGAGAGAGUAAAGCUAAGCAAACAGAUGAAACCAAUGCAAAUGUUAAAAGCACCGAGCAUUGGAGAGAGGCCGAGCGAAAGACGUCAAUAAUUAAAUCGGAACCGUCUUAUGCUCAAAAUAAGAAUGUGUCGUCGUUAUUCGAUGGCGAUAGUGAAGACGACGAUCUAUUCCUCAAAACAAAUCAAGUAAAACCCACAACGGGGCACAAAUCACGGGAUUUAUUCGCUAAUGACGAUGAUAAUGAUGACGAUGACUUAUUUUUUAAAACGAAACAGGCAAAGCAAUCAUGGCGACCAAAAUCAAAAAAUUUAUUCGAUAACGGUUCUGAUGAUGAUGACGAUGAUGACCUCUUUAGCGGUAAUUCUUUGAAAAGGGGAGCAUCACACUCCAAUACAAAAGUGCUAGCGGCAGCUGAACCGAAGAGUCAACUCCCGAGCAUCAAGACUACGACAGACAAUCCUUUGGCCGAUUUAUUAUGAAUCACCUUGGACCCACCCAUAUAGGAAAGUAGAGCUGCCAAAAUAGUAACUUUGUUCUAGACUGAGCAGCGCUCGGGGGAUUUUCGUAGUAGCGCGCCCAACGAAAAAAGAUGAGGUAAUAAUUAAAAUUCGAAAAUUACGAAAUCCGAGUAGUAAACAAGCGGCAAUGACGAGACAAGAGCAAGAAGAAGACAUAUUUUAGAUCACGUACGGUCAACCCUUGGCCCGCGGACAGCGUUCGCUGCCCGCUACAGUUACAAUUUCAAAUUAUUUAAUUUGUUCAUACACACCAAUGCUGAAAAUGGAUUGUAUUUGCGUUCGCCACCGGCUCAGCUAUCAAAUGUGAACUGAAUUCAAACGUUUUAUGCUCCUUAGACCAUCAAAUGUGCGAUUUGAAAAGAAACAAAAUUGAUAGAAAAUACCGCACUUUUAAUAAUAGUUGGACCCCCGCCGCGGUAUGAAAAGUUACCCAGCCCUACGUUAAGUCAAACCUCAAGCAAGUAAUUAAACAUGCGGGAGAGACGUAAGGGAUUAAAUGAUAAUCAUGGUUACAUCAUAGAAUAAUGAUUCCAGUAGUUUUCUGCUGAUUGAUGGAUACUCUCGUUUCUCCUGAAUGUUUACUGAAGCCGUUAUUUACACUUGCUUUGAGUUCUCGAUUAUUUAAAACAAUAUAUUGGAAUUUUGUUCUUGUUGUUGUUAAUUAUAUACCAA